AUGAUUGCUUCGGAACACAUAACGACUCAGACAGAAAGUGCUAUUCUGUGCUACUUUGGAUGGUUGCAUUCAUGUGAAAGUGGUCCUAUUCAGAACUAUAAGCAAUUAUCCGGCACAUCGGAUUUGGACGCAAAAAGCAAAUACGUGCAUUUGUGUCGUGGCCUGAAAACCUAUGGUGUAACGUUCUUCUUAGUGAAAGAAAAACUUGUCGGCAAGAACAAGCUCGUACCACGAUUGCUUGGUGUGAACAAAGAAUGUGUUAUGCGUGUAGACGAGAAGACGAAGGACGUGCUGAAAGAGUGGCCAUUGGAGCAGGUCCGCCGAUGGAACACGUCGCCGAGAACGUUCACACUGUUUGCCGCUACUAUUCGUUUCCAUGUGGUUACUGUAAACAUCCGACGUGUCUAUAGUUAG